GGAACUUGCAACAUCGCAAAUUGUCGAGGCGAUGUCUACAAAAAUUAUUUAGUAGUCGGCGACCAUGACCCUCAAUACAGGAUAAUUCUUCCAUUUGUACUCAAGGUACUUUAAAUCAUUUAUAGUGAGUACAAGUAAUUUAUAUAUAUUUCAAACAGUUGAAUAAUAAUUAUGUAAUUAAUUAACCCAUUACCAACGCUCGGAAGUAUCAGUGGAAAAAAUGCUCACCAAAAGUUCUUUUAGAAAUAUCUCGUCCAACCUGCACCACUUGAACUCGUCUUCUUUUCCAGGAGGUGGGACCAGAUUUAGCUGGAAAAAUAAACUGUACAUAUGCAAACGUAAAUACAUAGUAUAUUCGAGCUGUGGCUCUCACAGAGUGCUUUCGGCGUUUGAUCAACUGCAGAAGCUGGAUUACAAACGAUAG